AUGUUGUUGGGAAAUCUCAUCUCCGUGUCGGCCUUCUGUGCGCUGCUGUCUCCAGCGCUCGCAAAACCGUCUCACGGUCUUCCCAAGCGACCUCACAUCGAGGUAUCGCCUUACAACACCGGUAAAGACUUUCCAGCCCCUUCCAAGAGAGACAACCAUCGGUAUUGUUAUGUCAAGCCUGGCAAGGGAUCGAACAGCAAUGAUGCCUCUCGAAUCCUCAAGGCAUUCAAGAAGUGCAAUAACGGUGGUACCAUUGUUCUUGACAAGGAAUACACCGUCGCUUCGCCCUUGGACCUGACAUGGCUCAAACAUGUUGAUGUGGUCAUCACUGGAGAAGUGAACUUCAAGCCUGACCCUUACUAUUGGGCCGAGAACAGCUUCAAGUUUCCUUUCCAGAACAUGUCUUCAUUCUGGAAGGUUGGCGGAGAGGAUAUUCACAUUUAUGGUGACUUGAGCAAUGAGCAAUCAGUGCUUGAUGGGCAUGGCCAGGCGUAUUGGAAAGAGAUCGAGACCAACAAGACGCUUCUACGACCUAUUCUGUUUACUUUUGAGGGCGCUCACGGCGCUUCCAUGACAAAUCUCCGGAUGAAGAACUCCCCUAAUUGGUUCAACAUCAUCGCCAACAGCACCGACGUUCUAAUUAGCGACUUGGAUAUCCGAGCAUCGAGCCUCGAUGGAGUCAAGAUUGCAAACUCUGAUGGUUGGGAUACCUACCGCUCGGACAAUGUGGUCAUUCAGAACUCCUAUAUCGACAACACUGACGACUGUGUUUCUUUCAAGCCCAAUAGCACCAACGUUGUCGUCCAAAACCUCGUCUGCAAUGGCUCCCACGGAAUUAGUGUCGGCUCCCUCGGUCAGUACAAGGGCGAGACCGAUAUUGUGGAGAAUCUGUACAUCUACAACAUUUCCAUGUCGAAUGCCAGCGAUGGCGCGAGAAUCAAGGUUUGGCCCGGUAUCGAGACCAAGUUCCAAAGCCUCCUCAAUGGAGGAGGUGGUCUCGGACGGGUUAGGAACGUGACGUACGAUCGUUUCUACCAUCAGAACAACGAUAACGCCAUUACCAUCACUCAAUGCUACGGCCAAAAGAAUCAGACACUUUGCAAUGAGUUCCCAGCAAACCUAACAAUCGAGGAUAUCACAUUGAAGAACAUGUGGGGAACUACGUCCAAGAAGUACGACCCCAGGGCUGGAACUCUGGUUUGCAGUGCGCCGGAUCGCUGCAGUAACAUCGUUGUUGAGAACAUCACGGUCACGGUGCCUAGCAAGGAGCCUCCAGUUUACGACUGCCAGAACCUGGACACGACUACUCUCGACAUUACUUGUGUUGACCCAGCGGACAAAGAUAGGGAUACAUCGCAGGGUUAA